UCACCACCCGUUUCGUCUAUUUAAAUGAAUCCAAUUUUGCCUGUUGUUCAUUCUAAUUCCACAAUAAUUAACAGAGGAACAUCAAACUGACAACCGGAGGCGGUUCUCGCCAUCCUCCAGGGCGGUUUUCCGGCCAAGGAAAACCGCUCUUGCCAGAAUUCAUACUUGACUCAGGGUACAUUGGUUCCGGCAAAUUUGGCUGUGGCGACGGACCUCACCUUCUAGGUAAAGAAAGAAAAACAAGCGAAGAUACUUUGAGUCCCCAGUUCUUUCUGUAUUGUGUUUGUUGUGAGUCCUCUGUUAGACCCCUUUCUCGAAGAUUUCGUUUUUGGGUAUCGUGGAAAAGGCGAAUCAAACCAUUUUUCUCGUUAUCAGCAGUUAGCGGAUUACGUGUUCUACAAAUUCUCUAGUCUCUUCCUCCUUUCUGUUCAUAUUCAAACAAAAUGGCAGGAAAAUGUUCGCAACCAAGGGAAUGGAUUAAGGGAAAUGUAAUUGGUUCUGGCUCUUUUGGAGUUGUCAACUUGGCCAUAAACAAAGCCACCGGGGGGAUCUUUGUUGUGAAGUCUGCUUCAUCAGGAGCAGGAGUUCAGUCUUUGGAGAAUGAGGCAAACAUCCUUGAACUCCUCGACUCCCCAUACAUUGUCCGAUGCUUGGGGCGGGAUUUCUCAACUGGAGCAAAUGGUGAGAGGAAGCUAAACCUCUUCCUGGAAUACAUGGCUGGGGGAAGUUUGGCAGAUUUGGCCCAAAAGUUUGGUGGUGCUCUGGAUGAAACAGUAAUCCAAGUAUACACCAGAGAGAUCCUUCAAGGUCUUAGCUAUCUGCACAGGAGAGGGAUUGUGCACAAUGAUCUCAAGUGCAAGAAUGUGCUCUUGGGCCCAACUGGUAACAUUAAGCUGGCAGAUUUUGGAUGUGCCAAGAGGCUAAACUCUUCUCAGGCUGGUUCAAAGGUUUCACAGCAAUCUAUAUGUGGGACACCAUUGUGGAUGGCACCAGAAGUUCUCAGAAAUGAAGGGUUGGACACUGCUUCAGACAUUUGGUCCUUGGGAUGUUCCAUCAUUGAAAUGGCCACUGGGAGGCCUCCAUGGGCGGAUGAGGUCUCAAAUCCAAUGGCCUUACUUCUCAAGAUUGCUUGCAGCAGUGGCGUUCCUCAAUUCCCAACCAACUUUUCCAAGGAAGGUUUAGAUUUCUUGGCCAAAUGCUUACAGAGGGAUCCCAAGUUGAGGUGGACAAGCGAAGAGCUACUGAACCAUCCAUUCAUUACUAGGAAGAACGUGAUGGCUCCAUACGAGGAGGAUGCUUGUUCUCCGACAAGUAUUUUGGAUGUUCAGCUUAAUGAAGAGGAUAGCGAUUCAGACUGUGAUUCGGAGCCUCUACACAAUGAAGAGCUUUCGAGCAAGGUUCCAUUCUCAACUAGGUAUAAUAGAUUUAGGGGCAGGUUGACAAGAAAACAACAAAGAGAAUACGACUUGCAUUCUAAUGAAAAAUGGAUUACAGUGAGAUGAGGAGGAAUACUUACAACUGCAUAAAAGGUUUUAGCCUUUUAGGAGAAUGUAAAUUCACUGAAGAGGAUUUGUAUGUACACAGUAGGGUUAACUUAGAGAAGUAGAUUAAUUUAUUCUCGCUGGUUGUUCUGUAGUUAUCAGACCCAGAGU